CACACUCACACACACAAAAGCACAGAGAGAGAAUAUCUUUGAGAUCUCCUCUAUAUUUGGAGAAGACAAAACACAAAGAGCAAGAAAAGAAGGGAGAGAAGGCAAACAAAAAUGGCACUGAGAAUGUGGGCUUCUUCUACAGCAAACGCUCUCAAGCUUUCUUCUUCUGUCUCCAAGUCUCAUCUCUCUCAAGCUUUCUCAAUCUCUAGAUGCUUCUCCACAGUGUUGGAGGGUUUGAAGUAUGCAAAUUCACACGAGUGGGUUAAACAUGAAGGCUCUGUUGCCACCAUUGGCAUCACUGCUCAUGCUCAGGAACAUUUAGGUGAAGUUGUGUUUGUGGAACUCCCAGAGGAAAAUACUUCGGUGAGCAAAGAGAAAAACUUUGGAGCAGUGGAGAGUGUGAAGGCAACAAGUGAGAUCUUAUCACCGAUCUCAGGUGAAGUUAUUGAGGUUAACAAGAAGCUUACAGAAUCACCAGGCUUGAUCAACUCAAGCCCUUACGAAGAUGGCUGGAUGAUCAAAGUGAAGCCGAGCAGCCCCGCGGAGUUGGAAUCUUUGAUGGGUCCAAAGGAAUACACCAAGUUCUGCGAGGAUGAAGACGCCGCUCACUAGGAGGGUUCUUUUUUCUGUCUUUCUGUUCCAAUAUCUUUCGUUUGUCAUGCUUAUUUCCUAUAUUUGCAUACACUCUAUCACCAACAUCACAAAAUAAGAGUUUAAGAAGAUGAA